AUGAUUCGAGAAGUAAAAUCUUAUUAUUUAACAACAUCAAGGAUUACUCAUUUUAUUCUUGAGUGUGAAUCUCAUAAUGGAAUUCCUAUUGUUUUUGUUCAUGAUAUUUUAUCCAGCUCGCGCUUUUUCAAAGAGUUAAUGCAAAGAAUGCCACCGAAUUAUCACUGCUAUGCUUAUGAUUUACGAGGAUUUGGCAGAUCUCAAUCACUCCCACUGGAUGCAACUAAAGGGCUUGAUGAUUUUUCUGACUCUCCUCCAGAGACAAAAUAAACUUAAUUCUAGAAAAAGCCUCCAGAUCAUUAUAAGAGCAAAAAAUAUUUUAAAUUUAGAUAAUACUUUUACAAUCUUUUAUAAAUUCAAGUAUUUAUUAAAUUAUUUACGUUUUUUGCAAGCUUCCUUUAAAUUUGCCCAAAAAAUUAAUAAGAAUUAAUAAAGAUUUUCAUCCGUUUCCAAGAGGGAGUGAAGAUCUUCAAAGUUUGAUCGAAUCUCUCAAUCUGAGGAGAACACACUUAGUAGGCUGAGGUCUUGGAGGGGCAGUUAUAAUGAAAUACUCAAUAAAUCACAGCGACCGUAUUUUAUCACUUACAUUAGAGUCACCAAUAAGUCCUUAUGGCCUAUUCGGUACGAAGCAAGAAAAAGGGAUCCCGAUUUUUUCAGACUAUUCUGGCUCUGGUAUUUUUCCAAUUGCUAGACGUAUACAAAAUAGCAUUGAAAACAGAAUUGACAAUAAUGAUCAUUUUUCCAUGAGAAAUUUCUUCAAAUAUAUCACAUGCUUUCCUGAGUAUUAUUCAAUUGAUGAAGAAACUGAAAAUGAAUAUAUAAAUGAAAUAUUUUUGAUAAAAAUUGGGGAUGAUUUCUUCCCAGGAAAUAAUAAGGAGUCUGAAAAUUGGCCAGGGUGGUGUCCUGGAGACAAAGGGAUCUUUAAUGCAAUUUCUGGGAAGUAUCAUAAUGUGGAGGAGAUCAUAAAUUUAAAUGAAAAACCACCUAUUUUGUGAAUAAGGGGAGAAGAAGAUGCAGUAAUCUCAGACAAAAGCUUAUUAGAUCCUAUACACAUGGGAAUUUCUAAUAUAAUUGAGGGCUAUCCUGGGAAAGACGAGUACCCAUAUCAGCCAAUGAUAAAGCAAAUGAAGUACGUGAUUGAUAAGUAUAGAGAAAGAAAUGGAAAAGCGAUUAUAGCAAUUUUGGAGCAUUGUGGUCAUGCACCUCAUAUAGAAAAAGAUAACUGAUUCCUAACUUCCCCCCUCUCUGAACGGAAUAACUAUUGGAAAAAUCCCUAUUGUUUACCCAAAAUCUACCUUCUGUCAGCAAACAACAAUUUAUUUUUGGCAUCAAAAUUUUUUUAUGAAAAAAAUGUUUUUUGAUAUAUAAAUGAUUAUUAUUAUUAUAAUGAAAUAUUUAGCUAAUCCUGGUUAAUUUUAAUCGAAUUGCAUUCUAAAACAUAGAUUUCACAAAUUAAAUGAAUAUUCGCUAUCCAAUUUUUGAGAAUUGAGUUUUUUUUAAUUUCGAAAAAAAUUUUACUAUAAAUUUAUAUAUAAAUUUUGCUAUAAAAAAAAAUAAACCCCUAUCUAUAAGCGAACAAAAUUUUUUUUGCCGGCCCAAGGAGGGUUGAGUAAGCGUUUUGAUGAUGUUUCUGAGCAAUAGUGAUCAUUUAAUUUUAUAUAAUUAA